AAUCAACAAAAAGAAGAAGAAGAUCAUCCACAAACAAAUUAAAAAACAAUCAACAAAAAGAAGAAGAAGAAGAAGAAAGAAGAACAUGAAACCAAACUCAGUAAGAAUCCUCCUCCAUUUCCUGACCUUCAUCUUCAUCACUCUCUCCCACUCCACUCCCACUCAACUCCCCUCCUUCAUUCACUGCCUCUCCACCACUCUCCCAUUCUCCACCCUCUCCCACCUCCUCCACACUCCCAACACCUCCUCCUACUCCUCCAUCCUCAACUCUUCCAUCAAAAACCUCCUCUUCUCCACCUCCCCUAAGCCCCUCCUCAUCCUCACCCCUUCCCUUCCUUCCCAUCUCCAACCUAUCAUCAUCUGCUCCAAGUCCCUCAACAUCCCCUUAAGAUUCCUUAGUGGAGGUCAUGACUAUGAAGGCCUUUCCUACCGUUCCUUAAACUCUCACCACCAACCCUUCAUCCUCCUCUCCCUCUCCAACCUCCACAAUAUCACCAUUGAUGUUAAUGCUAAACAAGCCACAGCUUGGGUUCAAUCAGGUACUAUCAUUGGUGAGCUCUAUUACAAGAUAGCCAAAGUUAGCAGCAACUUCAACUCCAACAACUUGAACUUGUCUUAUGGGUUCCCUGCUGGGAUAUGUCCUACAGUGGCAGUUGGAGGGCAUUUUAGUGGGGGUGGGUUUGGGACUUUGUUGAGGAAGUAUGGUCUUGCUGUUGAUAAUGUGGUGGAUGCUCAGAUUGUGGAUGUUAAUGGGGAAAUGUUGGAUAGGGAGUCCAUGGGAGAGGACCUGUUUUGGGCUAUAAGAGGUGGUGGAGGAGCUAGUUUUGGUGUUGUUGUCUCUUGGAAGGUCAAGCUUGUUCUUGUUCCUCAUCUUGUCACUGUCUUCAGUAUUCAUAAGACUUUUGACCAGGGUGCUGUGGAGUUGAUCUAUCAAUGGCAGGACAUUGCUCACAGGCUCCAUGAAGACCUCUUCAUAAGAGUGAUAAUACAAAGGAAUGACUUAGGACAGGUAGAGGCACUCUUCAACUCUAUGUUUCUUGGCAACUGUGAACAACUAUUACUAAUCAUGAAUGAAAGCUUCCCAAAUCUUGGAAUAAAACCCAGUGACUGCAAACAAAUGAGUUGGAUUGAAUCAGUGAUGUACUUUGCUGGAUAUACAAAUGGAGAGCCCUUAGAAACACUGCUUGUAAGACAGUCCCAACCAGAGAGGUACUUCAAGGCAACAUCAGACUUUGUGACCAGACCCAUUCCCAAGUCUGUUUGGACUUGGAUUUGGGACAGGGUCAAGGAUGAAGGUGCAGGAGUUUUGAUAUUGGAUCCUUUUGGAGGGAAAAUGAACCAAAUUGAAGGGUCUGAAAUUCCAUUCCCACAUAGAGAAGGGAACUUGUAUAAUAUUCAGUACUUUGUGGAGUGGAGAAAGAUUGGGGAAGCUGAGAAGCAUGUGAAUUGGGUUAAGGGAGUGUUUGAAGGGAUGGGUCCUUAUGUUUCUAAGGACCCUAGAGCUGGUUAUAUAAAUUAUAGGGAUCUGGAUUUAGGUGUGAAUGAAGAGGAGGAAGGGAUUAGUAGUUACUUUAAGGGUAGGGUUUGGGGGGUUAAGUAUUUUAAGGGUAAUUUUGAGAGGUUGGCUAGAGUUAAAGGAAGGGUUGAUCCUAGUGAUUUCUUUAGGAGUGAACAGAGUAUUCCUCCUCUGUUUUUGGAGAGUGAAGAGGUUGAUGGAGAUGUUAUUAAGUCUUUUUAAUGAUUUUAUGAACUAUUAUUAUUAUUAUUAUUAUUUGAUUAACAUGAGGUUGUUUAUUUCAAUUCAAAU